AUGUCUGCUAAGAUUGCCCGGAGGAGAGGUGUCGGCGGAUCUCAUGUGGUUAAGCUAGGGGAUAGCCGAUCCGCAGACCAAUGGGAUUCGAGCGUGGAGGCGUCGCGUGUGGUGACGCUGAAAAGCCUGGUUAGCCGUGAGCAGAGCGAGGAAACGGUAUCCUAUGUCAAACUGUUGCAAAGUCAUGCUGCGUCAUCUGACAAGGACAAGCAACUUUUUAAGCCAAAGCGCGAGGUUGACUGGCACAUGUUAGCGGCUAGCAAAGAAGUGUCCCAGGAGGUACACUGCAAUCGGGGCAAUUUGGACGACUCUGCUGGUAGUGACAGCAGGAGCAAACACCUCGUCAGUUCAGCUCAGAUUGAGGUCAAGAGCCUCAAGAAAGGAGUAAUGAUCGACCAAACCGAGCCACCAUUUACAUCGACAAAGCAUCUCCCGCAGUUUGUCCCCUCUGAAACAAACGCUCCGUCUGUGCUGACAAUGCAACCCCAGGGACCGCGGCCAGGGAACAGAGCAGCCGAUUCCCACCGAGACCCAUUAGCAGAGUCACUUCACUUCGCAGAACUCAACACGGCUCAAUAUCCCGAAGAUGAAGACGGCAAGCUUGUCAACAGCAGUGGCAGCAGUCAUGUCUUGAGGCUGCAUCCCUCUACCCCCAACAACCGCAAUAGCAAAGAGGCCAAAACGGCAGAGAGUCAGAUUCAGGAAAAUGGUGCUGGCUUGGUGUUCGAAGAGCUGGAGGAAGAAGAGGGGAUUCUAGCUGGUGCCUCAGAGGGGAAGGCUGCCCGGUCCCGGAGCAGGAGGAGCUGGAUCUGGAAUCAGUUCUUUGUGAUCGAGGAGUACGCCGGGCCUGAACCUGUUCUCAUCGGACGGUUGCACACCGACAUGGACAGGAAUGAUGGACGCACUAAAUAUGUGCUGAGAGGCGAGGGGGCGGGCUCUGUCUUUGUGAUUGACGAGAAGACGGGCAACAUCCACGUGACCAAACCGCUGGACCGAGAGGAGAAGGACGAGUACCGCCUCAUCGCCACGGCAACGGACAGACAGACGGAGCGCCCCCUGGAGCCCUCGUCCCAGUUCAUCAUCCGGGUGCAGGACAUCAACGACAACCCGCCACUCUUUGAUCAGGGCCCUUACAUCGCCACGGUACCCGAGAUGGAAAAUAUAGGCACCUCUAUAAUCCAGGUGACAGCGACAGAUGCUGAUGACCCGACUUAUGGGAACAGUGCCAAGCUGGUGUACACGCUGGUGCAGGGGCAGCAGUUCUUCUCGGUGGAUCCUCAAACAGGUAUUCUGAGGACUGCAGUCCCGGACAUGGACCGGGAGAGGCAGGACACGUACCUGGUGAUCCUGCAGGCCAAGGAUAUGGGCGGCCACCUUGGGGGUCUCUCAGGGACCACCACUGUCACCGUGAAACUCACAGACGUGAACGACAGUCCCCCACGUUUCACACAGAGCACUGGGAACUUUGACCCCAACUCCUCUCAGGGUCUCAUCAGCAGAUGGCUCAUCCAAUAA